UCCGUCGUUGGUAUUGGUUAAUUUUAGAGGUGUUUUUCAUUGUAUGUGUGUGUAUUUUGUGUGAUUCGUUUUUCAAUCAUUUUCCAACUUUGAGGAAACCUCGAUUUGCUCGUGGUUUCCACGGUACAAUAGAUAUAAAGAAAAAAUAUUGAAAUAUAUAGUGAAAAAUAGAAGAAAUCCAGCGGAAAAUUUUUACGCUAUUAAAAACAGGAGUGCACAAUAGCCACUAAUAAUCGCGAAUAUAUUUUUAAAGAAAUUAACAAAGUGGUGGUGGUCAAACACAUCAAAUAAAAGCGUGCUUUAUAAUACAACCAACGUUCGCAGUAGUCACGGCAGUCAGCAGUGUAACCGGUGUUUGUGAAAAAGCAGCAAAAGUUUACCAAUAAAUAGACCAGGAAAAAAAGAACAAAAUGCCUUCCAGCAAUCCACUGCCUCCCAAAGAGAGUGCGCUCUUUAGGAAAUUAAUGAAAUGUUAUGAAAUGAAACAAUACAAGAAUGGUCUUAAAUUAGCCAAACAAAUACUUUCGAAUCCAAAGUAUACCGAACACGGCGAAACAUUGGCCAUGAAAGGUUUAACUCUUAAUGGUUUGGGACGUCGCGAAGAAGCCUAUAAAUAUGUGCGUUUGGGAUUGCGUAACGAUUUGAGAUCGCAUGUAUGCUGGCAUGUGUAUGGUCUACUGCAGCGUAGUGAUAAAAAAUACGAUGAAGCCAUUAAGUGCUAUAGAAAUGCCUUGAAAUGGGAAAAGGAUAAUUUGCAAAUUUUGAAGGAUUUAUCGCUGUUGCAAAUACAAAUGAGAGAUUUAGAGGGUUAUAAAGAGACUAGACAUCAUUUAUUCAAAUUGCGCCCAUCUCAGCAUGCAUCUUGGAUCGGUUUUGCUAUGAGUUAUCAUUUGUUGGGGGAUUUAGAAAUGGCCAAUAGUAUAUUGGAUGCUUUCAAUCAAUCGCAAACAUCAGUGGAACCCAAUGACUACCGCCAUUCAGAGUUGUUACUUUAUCAAAAUCAAAUAUUAGUCGAGGCCGGUAAAUAUCAGGAAGCUUUGGAUCAUUUGAUUAAAUACGAAAGUCAAAUGGUCGAUAAAUUGGCCGUUCAAGAAAGUAUGGGCGAUUUGUACAUUAAAUUGGGUCAACAACCUAAGGCUGUGCCAAUUUUUGAGGAACUUAUACGUCGCAACCCUGAAAAUACUCUUUAUUAUGGACAAUACUUCUUGGCCAAACAAAUCGAAGAUGUCGAUAAUAAAUUGUUAGCUUUCAAAAAAUUGCAAGAGACUUACCCUCGCGCAAUGUGCCCUCGCCGCUUGCCUUUGGAUGUGGCUACUGGUGACGCAUUCCGCCAGGUCUUAGACGACUAUUUGAGACGUGGUCUACGCAAAGGAGUUCCGCCACUCUUUGUCAAUGUUCGUUCAUUGCAUUCGCAGCCGGACAAGGCGGCAGUUGUGGAGAAACUCAUAUUGCAGUAUUAUGAAAAUCUAACCCGUUCUGGCCACUUCUCGCGUGAAGAUGCCGACAAUAAUCUACCCGUAGAACCAGCAUCAGCUGUCGUUUGGACGCUCUUGUUCCUAGCUCAGCACUAUGACUACAAGCGUGAGACAGAUAAGGCAUUGGAAUAUAUUAAUGCCGCCAUCGAGCAUACACCGACCCUUAUUGAAUUGUUUAUUGCCAAGGGUCGCAUUUACAAACAUGCUGGUGAUCCCGUGGAAGCCUACAUGUGGUUGGAUGAAGCUCAGAGCAUGGAUACCGCCGAUAGGUACAUAAACUCGAAGUGUGCCAAGUAUAUGUUGCGUGCAAAUUUGCUUAAGGAAGCUGAAGAGAUUUGCGGGAAGUUCACUCGUGAAGGUGUGUCACCCAUGGAAAACCUCAAUGAAAUGCAAUGUAUGUGGUUCCAAACUGAGUGUGCUUUGGCUUAUCAGCGCAUGGAGCGUUGGGGUGAGGCUUUAAAGAAAUGUCAUGAAGUUGAUAGACAUUUUGCGGAGAUUAUUGAAGAUCAAUUCGAUUUCCAUACGUACUGUAUGCGUAAGAUGACAAUGCGCGCCUAUGUGGGUCUUUUGCGUUUGGAAGAUGUGUUGAGACGUCAUCCAUUCUACUAUAAAGCGGCCAAGUGUGCCAUAGAGGUUUACAUCAGACUAUACGACAAACCUCAGAAAUCUGAGGAAACUAUUGAGGAAAACGAUAUUGAAAAUCUACCACCUUCGGAACUAAAAAAACUUCGCAGCAAGCAACGUAAAGCCAAAAAGAAAGCCGAACUCGAAAGCCAACAAGCAGCUCAAGCACAAAUUAAACGUGAGCAACAUCAGAAAUCGAAACAACAAGCCAAUCAGGAAGCGGAUCCCGAAGCCCCACAAUUGGAUGAAUUAAUACCCGAAAAAUUGGAACGGCCCACUGAUCCCCUGGAAAAGGCUAUAGAAUUUUUGAAGCCUCUCCAGCAAUUAGCCAAAGAACGUAUUGACACGCAUUUGUUGGCUUUCGAAGUAUAUUCACGCAAAAGCAAAAUUCUUCUUAUGAUUCAAUCGAUUAAACGCGCCCGUGCCAUCGAUGCUGAGCAUCCAGAGGUACAUCGUUGUUUAACUCGUUUGAUGCAGGUACUGCCAACGUUGACGAAGGAUUUGAAUGCAAACGUUAAGACGGUCGUGGACAAAGCCAUUCAAGAACUGAUAGGUACUAAGAGUGUUAAACAAUUGAACGAUGAGUUCAUUGCGAAGUACAACUCUUCCAUAGCGCAUUUAUACGAAGCAGCACGUAUUAUGUACGAUUUGGAUGCUAAUAAUCAGGAGGCGGCAAUUAAGUUAAUUACCUCUUUUGAUGUAGAAAAACUUAAACUAGAGGAAGCGUCAAAGAUAUACGAAUCGCUGCGCGAUGGUAUCUUUGGAAAUUGUGAAAAUGCGGUGCAAAACUACAAAGAAACCUGUCAUAAACGUUUUAAAUAUGCUCGUCUAUUUCGUGAUAAUUUAGAGGAAGCAGCAGUUUCAACAAACACCUCUGCAGGCAAGGAUGCUUCUGAUAAUCAUGUGGAAAAUCAAGUGUCGGCUGAUUUGUAAUAACACUCAGCUAAAUAUCAUUUAUCACUUUUUACUACUAUUACUACAACAAGAACAACUUACAAUUAAUACAGUACUCCUAUCAAGUACUUCGGAACAUCUGCGAUGGAUCGACUAAUCGAAUAUAGUGAUGGAACUUCUGCAACAAUAACUACACCGACAGGACUCAUUAACUAAAAUACAUACUAUACUACAAACGUUUUUAACACCAAAAAAUCCAAACUACAACUUAUAAUUACGAUCACGGGAAAACUGCUGCUGUUGAUGAUGAUGAAUAAGAAUAAAACAAAAUAUAUACAAUGAAAUAAAAUGCAAAAGAAACAUCAAUAAAUAAACAAAAGAAAACCACAAUUGCAACAAAAAACAACUGAAAUUAAGCUUAAUUUUUUAUGUAUAAUGUAGAAAAAAUGGAAAAGAAAAUGUUUUAAUCUUAUCUAUAUUUGGUUAUAAAACUGAACUAGUUCUUUUACAAUAUACAUUCAUUGAAACGUUUUAUUUUUUUUUUGUAUUUUCAUUUGUUUUUACAUUUCCAAAUACCUGCAUCAUUAUCGAUCUAUUAAUAUAAUUUUAAAAUUAUGUAAAACUUAAA